UGUUGGAGUGUACAAUAUGUGCUCGAUUUCAGCACUGGAGGGAAUAUAUCUAUGAAUUAAGUUUCUAUCUUUUGGUCUAAAAUAAGCUUAAAUCUGUUGAAGACUCAGGAUGUUGUGAUUCAGCAGUAGGUUUUUCUGGUCUAUGUGUGAUGUCAGCCUGAAACUUCACUCAUCAUGUUAUCUAAGAAGCACUGCCUGUCACACACGCUCCUCCUGCUGCUUGGUUGCUGGACAGCAGAUGGAGCUCAUAAUGAUUCAGAAGCAGGGUCCAUCACAGAGUUGGCCCCAGUCACUUCUAGCAGGUACAUCUUGGCAAAGGAAGGGUCCAGCACACUCAUCGAGUGUAACGUGACUGAAGUUCAAGAGGACGUCCGGUGGUACAACUCUAAAGGACUUCUUCUUGGAAAAGAAGAAGGUGGGAAGUGGCAGAUCCAGGAGAGGGGAGCCCUAAACAUCAGUGCAGUGUCCUUUGAGGACCGUGGCAGCUACACCUGCGUAGCCUCAGCAGGCAUCGGCCUCACCAGAAACUAUACAGUCACUCUGCGUGUGGCGUACACCAACAGUGGCCUGGGGCUGUACUUUGUCAUUGUGUGCUUGGUGGCUUUCGCCAUCACAAUGGUCCUCAAUGUGGCACGCUUGUGCAUGGUCAGUAGCCACCUCAAAGAGACAGAGAAGACCAUCAAUGAGUUCUUCUGCACUGAGGGCAUCGAGAAGCUGCAGAAGGCAUUUGACAUUGCCAAAAACAUUCCCAUAGUCACGUCAGCGAAGACGGUGGAGUUCGCCAAGGUCACACAGUUUAAGACCAUGGAGUUCGCCCGUCACAUCGAGGAGUUGGCAUGCAGCAUUCCUCUUCCACCGCUCAUUCUGAACUGCAGAUCGUUUUCAGAGGAGAACAUGAACCCAGAGAGUGAUCAUGGAAAGAGGAACAGGCAGGCCUUAGGACCACUGUGUCCUGACCAAAUCGAAGAGGAAAAUGUGUGUGAGGCAAUGAUGUUGAGUGAAAGACAAAGGAAUGAUGGAAUCAGUGAAGACUUGAAUGUGUCUCUGCAUAAAGUAAAGGUUGACACUGAGGAUGAUGAGAGCAGUGCAUGAACUCAGUGGGAAUUCCAGCAAAGAACAUUUUUACAGCCAGAUAAGUUAGGUUUUUGUCUUUGAAGAUUGCCUUUCAUCUUGAAUGUAGCAAUUUAUGUUUUAUUUUUAAUCACAUUCUUAUUUCUGCAGCUCAAGUUCUCAAACAUAAGCUUAAAUUAACUUUAGGCUUUUCCCCUUGCUUUCAGAUAUUAUUUAACUUUCCACCAGAUUUCCAAUUUUUGUUUAAUGUUUCAAUCAUUUCACUUAUUCAAGGUUCCUUUAUUCCUUUGACAUGCUGGUCAGCCUUCACUGAGAAAAUAUUGCCUGGUAAAAUCAUUACCUCUCCACUUCCAUUGUUGUCACAUCACUCAUAGGUAAUUGGUUUUCUAGGACUUGACAUGCAAGUCUUUGUGUACAAAGAUUUGCAUGUUUACACAAGUCUUUGUUUGCCUGAAAAACGUUUAAUUGCAAAGCUUGAAAUGAGGAUUUUAAAUAAAGCGUCAACAGUUUAAAUGUAAACGUUAGACAGUAAGAUGGAAUAUUUACCAUGGAAAAUGUCAUAUUUGGUCUGAAAAUUUAAUUAAAUUAUGUGAUUAUAUGAGAAGAAGACUAAUUUUCUAACGAAGUUGUUUUGUAUGCACAUGGGGAUGUGUGAAAGGCAAAUGUGUUACUCAUUUGGAUGCUAACCCUGGAUGUUUGUCUCAACAGAAGUCGAAAGCAAAGAUUUGUAAAAUGUAUAAAUGUGAUGAUGUUGAUAAAACUGUUCUGUUGCUUCUUUUUUAUGUUGCUAAAGGAUAUCAAAAUAAAACAAAGCAAUGUGAUCAAUCUGUGAACUGGGAUUGAACUAAAAAGGUUUUAGUAAUGAA